UAUGGUUAGUGAAGAAGCAAAUGGAUCACAUCAAGCCAAUAAGAAACAUAAGACAAGGACAUUAGCAGCUUCAACUAAUGGACCUACUUUGCGAUCAAGGACUGAAAGGGAUAUUGUUGAUGAAGAAUCUGAAAAUAGUUACGAAGAAUCUGAAAACCCCAUCAAUGAUGAAGAGCAACCUAUUGGGCAUCGAAAUAUAAAGAAAGGAAGGGGCCCAACCUUGAAGAAGAACAUAUAUUCAAGUAGUGGUGGGCCUAAAAUCUGCAUUACCCUUAAUGAAUAUGGACAACCAGUUGGUAGGAACAGCAAAGAGUUUGGUAAUUUCAUAGGAACUUUGGUGAGGAAAAAUAUCCCGGUUUCUUGUGAGGAUUGGAGACUAGUUGAUUCUAAAAAGAAGUUUGAGUUAUGGACAAAAGUGAAGGAAUACUAUGAAGUGGAUGAAUCUGGUAUAGAUUAUGUUAUAACAUCUGCAGCAAAAAAGUGGAGAGAGUUUAAGGCUGACCUAAAGAACAAAUAUUUUGAUGAAACAUUGAGUUUUGAAGAGCUUAUUGCUAAAAGGGAUGAAAGGGUGAAAGAAUCUGAUUGGGAGUGGUUGAUAACUUAUUGGAUGUCUCCAGAAGCCGAGGUUCGUACAAACAGAGGUAAAGAUAACCGUUCAAAGCUGACUAUGUCGCAUGCAGCUGGCAGCAAGAGUUAUGCUCGUGUGGGGCAUGAACUGGUAAAAAAAAUUAUAAUCACUAGUUUGUAUAAUCAUUAGUUUAAUUUAUGAAAAAUCUAGUCAAUUACUGGACCAAAUCAUUUUUUCUUGUAGGCCGAGCAACAAGGACGCCCUGCGAGAAGAGAUGAAAUAUAUGUUAGAACACACACACGUAAGAACAAAGAAGGAGAUAUUGUGCCUCUACCUGGAGCAGAAAUAUUCAUUAAUAAAUUUGAAGAAGCUGUUGCUGAGAACCCAGAACUGAAGGACAGAAGUAUUGAAGAUGGUGAUUUAUAUGCACAUGUUUUUGGAGAGAAAGAACCAAGAGGUCGUAUUCGUGGUUUAGGCUUAGGACCAACUCCACAAGAUGUAGGCACCCCUGGAACUCAAAUGAAAAUAUCAACAAAGCUUCAAAUGGCAUUGCAAGCUCGCAGUCAGUCUGAGCAAGAGGUUAGAGCCUUAAGACAGGAUAUGAAUCAAAUGAAAGAAAAAAUGGAUCAAAUUUAUCAAAUGAUGGUAGCAGCUCAAGGGGUGAAACAUAUAGAAAGCCCAUCACAACAUGGGUCUAAUUCU